AACGAAAUUCAGGACUAGGUUCUGUGGGAUCAGGGGCAAGAAAGUGAGGACCAUUACGGGGGCCAAGUGAACUGAUAGAAGUCCUAAAUUUUAUCAUUUUUAUUUGUUAUGGGUCGAUCCUCGCGAUGAUACCGCCGAUCCGCCGAUACUAGUAUGCCUCCAACCUCCAACACAACACAAACAUACCCAUCGUCACGUGUCUACAUACAAAUUAGAUUCGUAGCAGCAUACCCAUGGCAUUCCGCAGAACAAGCUCCCAUAGAGGGACCCUUCUUAAGAUUGUUGUCCUCCUUUCUUCCAGAUGCAUCAAUAGCCUACUUGUUCCUCAGGUUCUCUUUGAAUCAGAGCGCGUCCUUGCCAUCAACAAGCCGACGGAUGUUGCACAUCACAACAAUCCCGAGACAGGAGAGUUAGGCAUUAUCACCCGUCUUCGACAGUUUUACAACAAUAGCAGCGACGAGAAUCCCCGUCUCUAUGGAGUCCAUAGAUUGGACCGAGUCACAACCGGCAUCUUGCUGUUGGCCAAGGAUGCGGAAAUGGCUGGAAUCUUGAGUGGUGCAUUUCGAGACAAUCAUGUCACCAAAUUGUACGUUGGGAUCUCAAGCAAGAAACCCAAGAAAAAGAAGCAAGGCUGGGUUCGAGGGGAAAUGGUUCGGGGAAGACGAAAAUCCUGGUACCUUCAAAAGGAAACUACUACUGGUAGUGGGACCGUCGCUAGCAGCGACUUUGCAGUGACGCGUUUCUUCACAGCUGGCUUGGGCGGCCUCGAUGAACAUCUGACUGCAAGGAAUGGAAGCAUCGAUGGGAUCCGACCACGCACUUGCAUUCUAUUCCAGCCUCAUACCGGCAAGACCCAUCAGCUUCGUGUCGCGGCCAAGAGUGUCGGCUUGCCAUUGCUGGGAGACCCAAUCUACGGUGAUGGUGGCGACGAUGAGAGCUCAAGAACAUUCCUCCACGCCGCUGGUAUCCAUAUUCCAUCGAAUGCAUUGGAAGGACAAGGACCAAUCACAAUAUGGUGCCCCCCGCAAUUUGCAGAGAUUCUGUGGCCCGAGCAUGGAAGCAAUUCGUUUCACCAAAUACUUGACAACCUACUCGAAAAGCAUUGUGAAUGUCCAGAGCUACUGUCUGAAUCGAAGAAGAAAGAGACUAUGGGGGCAUGAUUGGUACUACGUGUAUGCAACGACCUGAAUGGCGCAUUGGAAGGCACCCAUGACUUUAGCGACGCGAAGUACAGCAAUGCCUGCAUCAUCGUGCCAUUGGAUUGGUUGACGCACGCCGUAUGACCAGCAUCGGUGGGAAGCCGAGUGAGAAUCCAGAACACGGGAUGCGUUCCUCCGCCGUACAAACUACCGUCGAUGUGGAAACAGACUGUCACUCUGCUGCUGGAACCUGAUGACACGACCAUCUUCUCAGAUAGCAGUUGGUACAUGGAAGUGUGAUCUCAAGUCAGCUUUUUGUGAUUUCGUGAUUCUAGCACGGCCUGAGGUUGCAGGUCAAGAAGCGUUCUGAUACAUGGAAGUAGGAUCCUUAAAUCUGCUUUGUAAUAUGGGAUUCUACAGCGUAGCUAGCGCAGCCUAAGGUUGCAGCCCCAGAAGCGAACGCUUCUUGAUUUCACAUCUUGUGCCUGCAUCUACCUACCAGUACCCCCAACAAAAAUCAUAAUAUCACUCUCACUUUUUGCUGCAUUUGAUAAAAACAACUUCAUCCUGUGAAUGGUAGU